AUGUGCAGUACUUUUCUUUUACGGGUGGACAAUGGCGCGAAAGAUUUAAAAUGUCAAACAAGGAACACUUUAUGCAACACAAAUGAUUACUUUCAAGAACGUGAACGUGAUCGACAUAGAGAGGUACCGGUCCGUCGCCAGUACGUCAUAUCCGACGAAAAUGGAAAAUUCGACCAAUACAGUGAUUUGCAAGACUCUGACAUCAAUUUUCCGGAUCAUGAUUAUUCUCUCGAAGUAGUUGAAGAGGACGAUACUCAGAACCCUAGUUACUCUCAUAUAACGGACAAUGAGAACGAAAAUAUUCCGUCAUUGUCUAUCGAACCUAGAUUUUCACGAAAAACGAGUUCGCAAACAAGCCCUGUGUUCAGUCAUGGUGCAAGGCAUCUUCAUCACCGGCAUUCGAAGAAAUACUAUCCUCAUACUGAACAAAUAAUUAUUGUAACUCCAUCAGAAAGUCAGAAUCGGCAAUAUUACUUAAGAGGAAUGCAAGUACCGUCUCGAGGACGGAGAAAUAAUUUACAUCGUCGUAGUCCGAAAAAUAAAAUUAAUGUUAAUAUCAAUAGCUACGGCAAGAGCAAUUCAAUCUCUCAACAUUUGUCCGAAGACGUGUCAUUGUCAAAACCUCAACCGAUUGGCGAGUUAAUUGACCAGGAGAGCAAUUUAGAAAAACCACAACCGCUGACAGAUUCUGUUUCUUUGUUAGAGAUUGUGGACAAUGAUCAAUCGAUCAAUGAUCAGCAAGUCUCGAAGAAUGAUGAUGUUAAAGUCGAUACUGAUGUUAAUGAAAGAGCUUAUCUUUCACGCAGACAUAUAUUGGAUGAUUAUAAAAAUGUUAAUGUUAAUGUACACAGCAAUGUUGAUGAUUACGAUGAACGUGCUGUUGGCCCGGCGGUUAUAGUUAUUGCACGGAAAAAUUUCAAGCCGCUUGGGUUAAAUCACAGAGAUAUUGAUGCACGGAGAACUGAACGUAGGAGUAGAAAUCAGAAUGAUAAUACUAAUGUAGAUUCUAACAAUGCUGGAUAUUAUGUGAGACCGGAACCGAUAUCUGCGCCGGUGUUUACUGAUAGGAAUGUUCCAUAUAUUAUUCUUGAUGCACCACGUAGCUUUGCUAAUGAGGGUUAUAGAAACAAAAAUCAGAAUAAAAAUGUUAAUGUUAAUACUAAUGAUAUUGAUAGUCAGGAAUACUAUUAA